GAUGAUGGUGAGACAGACACAGGCGCUUACGAGUAUCGCUACGGUAACUACGCCGCCCAUGAUGAUGAUGCUUCCGAAGCAAUUGCUGGCAUGUCAGAGGAUGCAGAGGAUGAUGAAGAGGACGACGGAGAUGAUGAGUCUGAAGAUAUGCACAGUAUGGCUGAUGGGCACGCUAGCGACUAGUGCACACGACACGAACAGACUUAAUACCCUAACGCGCCGCCGCAAUCGCCAUGUCAGCCCGCCGCGAAACUUCUCCCCGCUUUCCUCAACCAUGCCGUCACUCGCAGGCAUCGGUCGUGCUCGAAGUGGGCAGGCCAACGCCUCAGCAUCAUGCAACGAGCGAAGUGGCUACUUUAGCAGCAUGUUCCCUCGACACCCAUUCCAGCUCUCGUCCACUCUGGAUCGGAUCAAUCGCACAUUGGCUGCAAACGCAGCUCGAAGCGACUCCAACAGAGGCAGUCAAAGCAGCACAGGAGGUGUUGCAUUGAGAGGCUCCUCAUCAGGAAGUGGUAGUAGCAGGACCGUUCGUGCAGGCUCAGAGGAGGAUGUCGCUGCGCGUCGUCGACGAUUGCCACGCCGGAGGAUUCAUAUGGCCGAUCUGGAUGAGUCGGACGGAUAGAUCUGCGGCGUAGGACUUCAAGCAUGAGCACCUGGAUGAUGCCCUGGAAGUGAUCAUGCUUUCACGAUCGUAACAUGAGAUAGCCAUGAGCGCUCCGCAUCACAUAUGAACGUUGUGCCCACGAUGGUGCUCUCAACGAAUGAUACUCAUUUUGCAUUUCC